UAAGUGAAAGCUGUACGUUAGACCAGCGGACGAAGGAACAAUCGAAGGAGGCGCUGCACUGAUAUUAGCCUCGCGUGGCUUCCCUGCUCUUCCUCUUUCGCCAUCUUCCCGUCUGCACCACUGCGAUUCGCCGCCACUGAAUCUUGUAAUUUUGUUGGAGGAGGCUAUUCGAUUAGCCACCACCACCAUGGCGCUCAAGAUUUACGGUGAUGGCAGUAACAAGAACGCCGCCAAGGCUUUGAUUGUCGGCGAAUUCAUCGGAGUGAAGAUCGAAACCCUCCCCGUCGAAUGGGGCGUUACUCAGAAGACUCCGGAGUUCCAAAAGAUGAAUCCAAUUCAGAAGAUUCCAGUAUUAGUCACUCCCGAAGGUGGUAUCUUUGAAAGCAACGCUAUCGCAAGAUAUGUCGCGAGGACAAAGGAUCAGAUGCUGGGCAGCACUUUGUACGAGAAGGGUUUAGUGGAUCAGUGGUGUGACUUCGCUGUCUCCGAGCUCGACCAUAACUUACUACGAUGGAUUUACCCCAAGAUGGGCUACACGUUCAUGCCAACCGCACCAAAUGUGGAGGAGGGAGCUGUUGAAGCCUCCAAGAGGGCUUUGGGUUCCUUGAACACGUGGCUUACCACUCGCACCUACCUGGUUGGGAACUCCAUCACUGUCGCCGAUGUUGUUAUCUUCUGCAACAUUCUGGUAGCAGUGAGAACUGUUAUUGACAAGCAGUUCCUCGGCGCAUUCCCCCACGUCGAAAGAUAUUUCUGGACUAUGGCUAAUCAGCCACAGGUCAAGAAAGUCGUCGGUGAGUUCACUUUCGGUGACAAGCUAACGACCCAGUCGCCUGCAGCCGCCGCCCCAGCAGCAGCAAAGGAAGCCUCACCUGCGAAGAAAACCAAGGCUCCCCCUGCACCUAAGGAGGCUGCCCCCGCCCCCGCCCCCGCCGCUGCGGACGACGAUGAGGAAGUUGCCGCACCAAAGAAGUCAAAGAAUGCUCUUGAUCUUCUACCACCCAGUCCCAUGGUGUUGGAUAACUGGAAGAGGCUCUACUCUAACACCAAAGCGAAGGAUUUUGCCGAAGUCGCUAUCAAAGGAUUCUGGGAAAUGUAUGACCCGGAAGGAUACUCCUUGUGGUUCUGCGACUACAAGUACAACGAAGAGAACCAGAUUUCUUACGUCACUUUGAACAAGGUUGGAGGAUUUUUGCAGCGUAUGGACUUUAUCCGGAAGUACGCUUUCGGAAAAAUGUGUAUCCUAGGAGAUGGACCUUUCGCAAUCAAGGGAGUAUGGCUUUUCCGUGGCACUGAUAUUCCCCAGUUGGUGAAGGACGAGUGUUACGAUAUGGACUUGUACGAGUGGACCAAGGUCGACAUCUCUGAUGCCGCCCAAAAGGAACGUGUUAGUGCUAUGUUCGAGGAGCCCGACCUUAUUGACGGUGAAAAGCUUCUAGAGGCCAAGUGCUUCAAGUGAGAAAUCAUAUUGUAAUUGAACAACUUGUUUUCUAACAAAUCUUAGCAGUUUUGUCCACUGUCCUAUUUAGUAGGAUUGAGUUUAUUGCGUGACAGCAAGGUCGUUUGCUACGGUACGUUUUACCCUUCAUGCUGUAAAUUGUGGUAACUUUUCUUCUCAUAUUAGCGACCGGACUCGUCGCUUUAUGAAUCAUGGAAUCAACUCAAGAGAGGUUGUACACUACGAUUCGAUUGUGUCAUGCACCGUCCAACUGUAACACGACGUCACAUCGUUUGGCAAGUUUACCUUAUUCAUCAGCGGGAGUUCGAACUUUUCAUCGCCAGCUCUUCCGAACUCGGAAUGGAUAGAGGAAGGUCACGGAAACUUUCCGUUGUAGGGAGUGGAAUGUGGAAGUUUUUUGAACGGCCUUGCUAUCAACAUUGUUCUGAUUAGUUCCUUUCUUCCCUGCCAUUCUUGUGGAGGUGGUCUGAUGUCAUUAGGAAGUGGAAUCACAGGUCUGAAAUCUGUGUUAACUUAUCUUGAACCGGCAAUCGGUUACUUCGCUCUACUCUUGUCGUAAUUUCAGGAAGUUUUCCUGAUUACUUGUUGUGCAUUUGAAGUCAGUCAGUUUGUUGAAUAUAUAUAUUCUUCCUUCAUCCG